GCGACACUGCACGUCGUUCGGCGCCACAACGGGACCAUGAAGGUGGUGCAGCUGGUGGCGGUGUUGCUGGCGGUGGUGGCUGGCGGGCGCGCGGGCCUGCUGCGCGUGCCGCGCGUCUACAACGCGCUCAUCUCGACCAACCAGCGGCUGGCGCCGAGCCGCGCCGACACCGUCUCGCUGCCCGUGGUGGGGCCGGUGGCGCUGCUGCCCGCCGCCGCCAUCGUCGCCGAGGAGGCGGCGCCGCCCCCGGCCGCCAAGAACGCCUCGGAGGCGGAGGCGGCGGCGGCGGCCAACGACACGGCGACCGCGCUCGUGGCGCCGCUCGCCGUCUACAGCCCGUACUACUACUCGGCGUACUCGUACCACUACAACCCGUACCUGGUGCCGCCGCUGCUGCACUACGGCUACAACUACCUGCCGCUGCCGCUGUCCGUGCCCGUGCCGCUGGCCGUCGCCCACCCCGCGCCGGCGCCGGCCGCGGCGGACAAGCCCGACCAGAAGGGCGGCGGCGACGCCAAGGCCGACGCCGACAAGGAAGCCGUCACCGUCGAGGCCAACUGAGGCCGCCGGGCCCCGCCACCCCGAACCACCGCUCCAGGCUUUCCGACUUGACCUCUCACAAACUUACCGUCCACCGUCGACCGUAGGAAACGCGCGUCUAUACCCGAAACCACCAGCAGCCACACCGUUUUGGAGUAUCAUCACCUGCCAGGAGAACACUUUGCGAUUAGCUACCACAUGGUCAGGAAGGCGUCCAUUUCAACGUGUCCCCCCUCCCCUCUAUGCGUGUUAAUUAAAAGAAAAUUGGGAGAUUUCUGUGAAUAUACAAGUCCCACACUCGUUGUAGGUGCAGUAUUUGUCCAACGAGACACACCAUGGACCAGCAACCUCUGCAGUCGUACAGCCUCUGUCCUAUAAAAAAACUUCGAUUAAUGGGCCACACACUCGAUUAUAUUUUAUCUGAGACAUUUAUAAUUGCCGGGACAACUGCCUGAUGAAGCUGAGCCUUCCUGCCGAUCAAAGCUUCAGUCGACCAAAACAUUUCAGAUAUUUACGUUUUGUGUGAGGCAAAGCGCAAUCUGUAAUUUCCGCCGGAAGUGCCUACUGAACACCAGCCUUUCUGUCGUGUAAAACGUCUGCCACAGGUCCAAAUAUGUUGAUACUAUCCAGUGUUAUGGGGGUCUGUCAGUAAUCUGCAAUUACCGUGAGAAAUGCUCUCUAACUUUCUGCAUUUGUGCUAUGCUAUACCUUCGCAAGUGGACUAAAAAUGUUGUGGUAAUUACUUCUUAUGUCAGAUACUGUACUCUGUAGUUACAACGGAAAAUCCCUGCUCAAGGUCUGCAUAUCUGCCAUCCAAAAAGUCCGUCAGUGGACCAAAAGUGUAUAUAUCUUAUGUGAAACACUCCGGGGCAGCGUUACUGUCUUGUUCAAGGAGGCAUAUCAAAGUCUGCAGCCAAUUAUUCCACGACGUCUCCCCUCCCAAACACCAUCAAAAUAAAAACUGAAGUACAACGAUUUGCUCAUGCAUAUAGCGAUCACCAGCAUCUCUCCAAGCUCAAGAAGAACUUAUUAACCACACGUGUAAUUAGUUUUGCGGGAUAAAAGAAAAAACAUCGGUCUAAAGAAGCAGUGUUUAAUAUUGUAUCUGUUGACUGAUGAAAUUCACAAUGUGACGUGCCUUUACCACAGGAAAAUUAUUCAGUGUAAAGUUAAUGACACUAAAGCUGGACUGUAUCUGCGAAAAGGGAAGUAAAAUCGAGUCUUCACAAAAAAGUAAUUACAUCUCAACUGUUUCUGUCCAGAACAUCCAAAGCUUUCUCCUGUAUCGGGUGACUGAAAUUAAAAAAAGCAUCGAACAGAAUAUUGUCAAUUUUUUAAAAAUCUGCAUGAUUGUAACUAUGAAUUUCGCCUUCAGUGAUAAAUAAAUUUGACUGUAAAUACACUGGAAUACAGUGGCAUGUGUUCUGCAAUAUCCACAAUGGAUAAGCUUAACAAAUAAGUUUACUUGCAAUGAUGUGCAACAAAUGCGCGCUUUUUAAUGCCUUUCAUGGCUAGUACAAAAUUUUAAUCAGUUAUGUUUGAUAUAUUCAUUGUUUCUUAUACACCGCAGUUAUUUGUGGCUGACGAUGGAAUUUACAUGCACAUACGCCUGAAGUAUUACAGUCACAGUUUUGCCAAAUGUAAUGGAGAAAGUGAAAUGGCGAAAUAGUUUCACUGCGGAUAAGCUUCAACCAGUCGCCGAUCUGUAACAAACGACGCUCCACUGAUGACUGGCGAACAGUAGUGAAAAAUUAGGAGCGGUACUCACUUGAACAACACCUCUUCUGCUACAAGUGUACGUCAUGUUGCAAAGACAGGCUCUGCGCGUAUUAAGCGAGUUUGUGUUCAAAUAUGUAGCUAGGAUACUCGCUAGCAGUGGGGCAGCAACGUAGCACUAGUAGUAAAGGGGCCGUGCGAUGCCCAUCAUUCCAUCCUCGACCUCCGCAAGAGAAGUCCGUCGGUGAGGCCCCGAUUGUGGUCUCUGGGUCGCUUCCAGCACCACGAUCUCUGCUCCAUCGCUUCCUAUCCUCUGAGCCAAUGAGGAGAGUCAUUGAGCUAUUUUCUUUCGAUUAUAAGUUUACUUUCAUCUCUCUCUUGUUCUUUUAUAUACACGUCUUUCCCACUUUAACUGUUUACAGGUAUCUUGAUCACUCUCUCUCUCUCUGUCUCUCUCUCUUUCCUUAUCUUUUUCUUUUUGCGCUAUAGUCUUGCACAUAGCACUUUCUCUUCAUGUUUCAUUUUUACUUCUUUUUCUUUCAGUACUCCUCCGUUGUUUGACAUUAGUGUUUCUUUUUCUCCACUCGUUAGGCUACUUCCUGUUUCGCUUCCUGUACAAAUGGCUCUGAGCACUAUGGGACUUAACUUGCUUCCUACCUUGGAAAACUUCCAUUUUUCAAACUUCCCUAUAGAAUAUUUCCAUUUCCAUAACGUCUUCCUCUCCUGUAUUGGUACUUUCCAACAUUUCUUUUCCCUUUUUUUUUUUUUUUUUUUUUUUUUUUUUUUUUUUUUUUUUUUUUGCUUCGAUCCAUGUGGUUGUUGACUCUAUCUUGCCAGUGACAUUUCAAGUCUUUUGGGUUGGUCUGUUGUCAUCCAUUCCGUAAAUAUGUCCAAAUAAUUGGAAUCUCCACGUCCUCAGUGCUCUGGCAUCUUACCCUUGCAGAGAUAAACUUCAUUUCUUCUCCUUAAUUUCCAAACCUUCGAAGUUUCCUCUUCGUUUCUGUUUUUUUCCUUUCCUUUUUUGUAGUCAUCGGCUUUCGAUUCUUUCUUUAUAUUUUUUUAAGGUCAUCAGGUUUUAGAUUAGCGUAAUGCUUCUGCUAAAUCUUAACGUAAUUACUACAACCAUCAUUGAUUGCAAUGUGUUUUUGAUACUUUCAGUAUCUAUCUGCUCCUACUGUCUUUCUCCUGUACUGCAUCUUUCAGCGAGUAGGUCUAAUGUAUAGCAUUAUUAGUUUGAUAUCUGCUCCUUAUCUUACAUGAAAUAUUUUCCCUCUAAUUAUUGGUAAUGUAAAUAAAUGUACUCGGUUGUGUAAAUACGGUACAAUACUCUAUUUUCUUUGAAGAGCUCUCUCUCUCUCUCUCUCUCUCUCUCUCUCUCUCUCUCUCUCUCUCUCUCUCUCUCUCUCCUAUCUGUCUCUUUCCAAAGCGAGAUGUAGAUGUUCUUCUGCGUUACCAUCCAUUUGCAAAGUACUUUUUUAUAUUACAGAUAAUCAAAAAUUUAUAUAUUUACUUAUAUGUGAACCGACACAAGCGCACAAAUGACAAGGUUUUGGGUAGUGGACUACAUUUCUUUCCGCCUCGUGCGCAUCAGAACAGAUCUCGCAAAACUGACUGGUGAUAAUUUUUUUAAUAAAUUAAAUUUGUGAGUGUCGUUGCUGUUUCAGAAGUCGGGACUAUUGCUGUUCUGCUGCGCCGGGGUGGACUCCGCUUUUCUCAAAUCCGUGAGUCUCGCUGCCGGAAAACGACGCACCGAGAGGCGGCUUCGUGGCUUGCAAGGUGUGGGUGGGUGUUAUCUUGCUGGAGCACCAAGUGCUUGCAUGUAACUUGCGUGUAUCUCUGAACUCUUUAACGCACUCUUGGAUUCAUUAAUGUUAACGCCAAUUUUCUUUCCCAAACAAGAAGGCUUCAUAAUGUUUUAAAUAUGUGUCUCAUAACAUUCUUCGUUGCUGAAUAAAUACUUCUUUAUUCUGUAUGUUUUGAUAACAUUUUUUACAUUGUGAGUGAACUUUUUGACAACUUCGUUGCUAUUUUGUAACCUGCUUUUCCGUCUUGCUGUUCUUCUUCUCAUCUUCGUGUUUGUAUAGAAUAUCUCUCUCUUUAUUCUGCCGUCUAUAUGUAUCAUACAAACAUUUUGUUCCUGAUAAUUGCCCUUGCAUAUAAUUCCUCUCAAAUAAUGCCGAUACUAUGUAAAUGCUUAUUUCUCUUCAUACAGUUCUUUCUUUUGUCUUUUGCCUCCACCUUCGCUUUCCUGUGUGUUAAAGUCCGAUUUAUCUUACAUUAAUGUGUUCGCUUGUAACUAAUUACAUCAUACUUCUUUUUCCGUCCCACAUACUUCACUAAUUGUUUUUGAUUUCUCUGUACUACCCUCUUUUAAGGCCAUUCUUUGCUCCUAUUUUUAUCUCUGUUGAAAUGCUUCUUCUAUUUUUAUCUUCAUGCUUCAACUAACAUCGCUUCUGUUAUAAAAUUUCAGAAUUUUUAUGUCCUACACUAACUGACACAAUUCUGAUAUUCUUAUCUGUCGUAUUUCUACUCCGACAAUAACACUUUUUCUACUCAUUUAAUUUUUUCUUAAGGAACACUAUUUCUUUGUUUACGUGCCUCAGCACUGGCUGUAUUUAUUUAUCUUGCACUGAAUUGCUAACGUUCUCUUAAUGGCACCAUAUCCUACUGUCUUUAGUCGAAUUUUUUCUACAUUACCUGCACUAUUUUAAAGAACGGAUAGAACAUUCUGACCUGUAAUAUCUUCCGUUGUCAGCUGUCCUUUUGCGUGACAUAGUGACCACUCUUAUACUGCAAGCAUUGAACGCUGAAUCUGAUCAGAAUGCACUUUGUGACUUUAAUGUCGUGCUUGAGAAUUAACGGUGGUGGGGCACGUUGUGUGUGCCGUAGUCUGCCAGUGUUCAAGGGCCGCUCAGAGUGCGGCUUAGGCGGCCCACCUGCUGUGUCUACUUGCUGUAGCGGCAGGUAGAGCAGCCGAGACGGCGCCGCCAGCGACCUUUCGCAUAUAAACGGAGCCGCGCCGCUAGCUGUUUGCACGCCAUUGUGGCCGAUCUGAAAGCUGCAAGGCCGCCCUCUCGGUACGUUAUCUGUUCUCGGAACUUGUGUGCUUUACGCUCGGUCUGACUUCUCGUUUUGUAUGUGUGUUUUUGUUUUGUACACCAGUUGUCUUUUGUAUCUUGUUUGUGACUGUGCCGCGCAAAUAAAUGAGAAACGGCGAACAGAUACGAAAGGGAAGCAAUAAAACAAAAUAAAAAGAAAA